GUGAUGUCCACUGGCAGAUGAGGCUCCGAGAUGGCCUCCCAGCCACCGUGUGCCCCCAGCUCCCCCCAAAACCAGGACGAAGGUGGGAAGACAGCACCCCAGGAAUGCAGCAUGCAGCCAACCUUGGUCAAAGCCACUGAUGACGUACACCACCCGGGUAAGCUGCCUUGGGCGGCUCUGGUCAAGGCCUUCGGCCUCUUCAGGCGGCAGAAGUUGGAGAUACAGCAGGAACAGAUGGUGGCCCCCUUCAACCCCCUGGCCAUGGAACAAGAACUGUCCAAGAAGCUCUCAGUACCCAAAAAGAAGUUCUGGGGGCACCAUGAGCCCCUCUCCAAGAUCCCAUUUCAAAUUCUGAGUGGACACCGGCACAUUGUGAGUUCUUGUCUCUUCUGUGUGGAUGACACAAAGCUCCUCAGUGGCUCCUAUGACUGCACGGUGAAGCUGUGGGAUGCUGUGGAUGGAUCUGUUGUUCGGGAUUUUGAGCACGGGCCCAAAGCUCCUGUUUUAGAGUGCAGUGUCACGGCUGACAGCAGAAGAAUUGUCGCAGCGGCCUAUGAUAAGACAGUGAGGACUUGGGACCUUGAGACAGGCAAGCUGCUGUGGAAGAUCAGUCUUGAAAGCAUCAUAUCCUCCUGUAAGUUUUCUCCCGAUGGUAAAUAUGUGGCCUCAGGCUUGGAUGUGGAUCAUGGAAUCUGUAUAACAGAUGCGAAGGAUGCCACAACUGUGUCACUCGUCAAGGAUCAUCACAAAAAACCAGUCACGGCUUGCUGCUUUGACCCUGAUAGCCAGAAGGUGGCUUCCGUCUCGUUGGACAAGAGCAUCAAGAUCUGGGACGUUACAUCCCAGGCCACAGUGCUCACCAUCACCCAGGCACACGGCAACGCAAUCUCAAACUGCUGCUUUACCUUCAGUGGCCAUUUCCUGUGUACAAGCUCUUGGGAUAAAACCUUAAAAAUAUGGAAUGUCCAUACAGGGGAGUUUCGAAACCGUGGAGCCUGUGUGACUCUGAUGCAGGGCCACGAAGGUUGUGUGAGUUCCUGCCGCUUUGCCAGAGACACAUCUUUUCUUGCGUCUGGAGGUUUUGACAAGACCGUGGCUAUUUGGGAUGUAGCAGAAGGCUUCCGGAAGCUCUCCUUGAAGGGCCAUGAGGACUGGGUGAUGGAUGUUGCCAUUAGCAACAACAAGAAAUGGGUCCUGUCUGCUUCAAAGGAUAAGACCAUGAGACUAUGGAAUAUUGAAGAAAUUGACAAUGUUCCUUUGGUAAUUGAGUACAAAAAGGCCCUGGGCUUAAAGGUGAAACAGUGUGAAGAAUGUGAAAGGCCUUUCUCCAACUAUGAAAGUGACAUCUGUACUGAAAUAGUCACCAAAUGUGUGUUCUGCCGGAUGGAUGCACACUUGUCAGCAGAGACCUCAUCAUCACCAGAAAAUGACUCAGCAGCAAGCGGGUACAGCCUGGGCAAGGAUGACUGAUGGCCAUCUGGUCCUUUGAGUGACUUGAGCACAGGCCACCUGUCAUGUAGGUGUCAGGGAUCUGCAGAGAUCUUUCUCUGGGGCCAUUCCCUGGCUGGGUGGGCCUAUCAGAGUGAGGCAGGGGCCAAGCCCUCAGGGGGCUCCCACCACCAUGCCACCUCCUCAGCUCCACUCCACCUUUUCUUUCUUUUCUUUUCCCACAGCACCCUUAUUGAAUGGGAUUGGAUGCUUUGUGUUUAGUUUUUAGGCAGAAUAAACUUAGAUCCUUUUGGAAAACUAGUGUGCAUGUGAAUUCCAGCAGCAUUUUUGUUAUUUAUAAGCUUAUGUCUUAUUCAUCCAGACACAUCUGGAUUCCCAUUCUAGUCUCUGGAGUUGCCCUGUAAAGCAGCCCUCUGGGGCUGGCACUAGCAGCCCCUGAGGAAGGGCUUGUGGAAUGAAGAGGAAAGUGUGUGGGCCCCCCUCUGUGGAGGAGACUGUAGAUGCUUCCCUGUCUAAUGCUCCCAGAUGGCCAUCUGCCUAGAGCAGAGGAAGGUCUGAUUAGAUAGGCAUGUGGUGGGCCUUUCAUUCCAGAAUGUUUUAUGCUCUCCACUCCAGACUUUUCAAUUUCCAGAAUGCCUCUUCCUGCUUCUACAGCAUAUCUACAACAUAAUUACUUCAGAAGUAAAGGUUUCAGUUGACAAAACAUAAAGGACUCCCUUUUACAUUUGGUAUUGUUCACAUGAUUUCUGUCAAAUAUCACUCACAUGUCCCUUGGUCCAUUUUAAAAGCUUAAUUGCAGGACUGCUUUAUUUAGUGUCAGUUGACUAGCAUCCAAUAACUCUACCCAGGAGCACAUUAACCUUGUAGUCACUCUUUGGGCAAGUCCUGUGCUUUGUGCUGUCCUCCUCAGUCACAACCCUAGUGACUGCUCAGGCUUGAGCUGGCUGGUCAGUAGUUAAUGAUGUAUGAACAUGUCAAAUUCUAACUUGCGCUCUCAGCCAUUCGGCUCUCCUUUGAAGAAAAGUCCUAUUGCUAGUGGUCUCCGUUUUCCAAUACAUAGAUUUAUACUUCCCUUUUCUGUGGGGGAUGGGUGGACU